GCUGGUGAAUGAGUCCAGUCAGACACAAGCUGUUAAACAGUGCAGCCUUCCUUUCUCUCUCUCUCUCUCUCUCUCUCUCUCUCUGUCACACCAUCUCUUGCUCUCUCUCUCGGUCCUUUUCCCAUCUUUUCGGAGCAGACAGUCAGUGGAGCAUCGGCAUCAGAGCAACACAGGACUGACGGAGGAGGCAAGAAGUCGACAGACCUUCGCUGACAGGAACACAACACUGAGAUUAUUGCAACAGCCACAGCAGAACAUUGACUGUAACACCGCUAAAACAGAAGCAACAGAUUGCCCUCAGUUGCAAAUUGUUGCUGCAAACUGAUGUUCCCCCAGCUGAUUUGCGUGUGGAAACGAAGCAGAUUGGCUCCCACAGCUGGCAUCUCCUGGGCUUUUGAAAGUCAGUUACUCUGCUUGAAAGAAAUGCCUCUGCUCCGUCCAAAGCGGGAGGAAAUAACAGCACUGAGCGACAGAAGCCAGAAGCUUUGAGUCAGUCGGAGAGCAACACGUUUCACGCUGGGUGUCAGGAUCACCUCUACCACCAGCGUCUCCUCCCAUCUUCCUUCCAUCAUCGGGAUCUAAAGAAGACUAGGCUCUGAAUGCACAAGCAGGAGGAGGACGUGUAGACUGACAUGCAGAGUGCAGAGUUCAGAGAGUUUCGCAGUGAAACAGAAAGAGCGAGAUCAGGUUUUAUCGGUACGAAGACACAGGAAAGAUCCAGCGACAGACAUCAGUGAGUCUCACCUCGACUUCUGAGGACAAGAAAGGGAUGAAGAGGAGGAUGAGCACAAGUGUCAGCAAACAAGAGGCCAAGCACUAGAGGAGAGAUGACAGGAAAAGAGAGAUUCAACACUGCAGCACACAGUCACAGAUAGAGAAGAAAUAUAUCAUUCAUUAGACUCCACAUCAGUAGUGAGAAACUUACUCUGUCUCGCAACACAAUUUUGUUCUUUCUAGGAUGUUUUUGCACCCGUGGAGGUUGCAUCUCAUCUGACAUACAGAGAAAGAGGAACAUCAGAGUCUUUCUUUCAACUUGUGCUGCCGGUUGCUGCAAGUAAAGUUUUCUGCGCCGAUCUCGAUCGGUGUGAGCGUUCCGGAGGUUCCUCUCUUGACUCUUCUUUUCGGGGUGAGGUGGAUCUGCCGUGGGGGGCAGCUGACAGCCAUCCAAGACGCCGCGAGCCGUGCUCCGCGUGAAGAAUGCCCAGCCGCGCUUGGCCAAGCCGGCCGACCCGGGCCCGACGGCGGGCCUCUACAUGGAGAGAUCGCAGAGCCGCAUCAGUCUGUCGGCGUCUUUUGAGGCCCUUGCCAUCUACUUCCCUUGUAUGAACUCCUUCGACGAAGACGAUGGAGUGGAUACAGAUGGCAGGAAGCUGAAGGGAGGCAUCCAGAGGAGCACGGAGACGGGUUUGGCUGUGGAGAUGCCCAGUCGGACCGUUCGCCAGGCCAGCCACGAGUCCAUAGAGGACAGCAUGAACAGCUACGGCUCAGAGGGGAACCUUAACUACAGCGGCAUGUGUCUGGCAUCGGACGCCCAGUUCAGUGACUUCCUGGAUGGCAUGGGACCGGCGCAGUUUGUCGGGCGACAGACGCUGGCGACGACGUCCAUGGGUGAUGUAGAGAUCGGUCUGAUGGAGCGGAACGGAGGUCUGGAGGUGGAGGUCGUCCAGGCCAGAGGACUCACCAUGAAACCAGGUUCAAAGGGACCUCCAGCGGCCUACAUCAAAGUUUACCUCCUGGAGAACGGGAUCUGUGUGGCCAAGAAGAAGACCAAGUCAGUGAGGAAGUCUCUGGAUCCUCUCUACAACCAGGUCCUGGUCUUCUCUGAAAGCCCUCAGGGGAAAGUGGUGCAGGUUAUCGUUUGGGGCAACUACGGCCGGAUGGACCGCAAAUGUUUCAUGGGCGUAGCUCGAAUCCUAUUGGAGGAGCUGGACCUCAGCUCGAUGGUGAUUGGCUGGUACAAGCUCUUCCCUACCUCCUCCAUGGUGGACCCGACGAUGGCUCCACUGAUCCGCCAUUCCUCCCAGAUGUCCCUGGAGAGCACGAUCGGUCCAUGUUGUGAGCGAUCCUAAGACUCACUCUGAAGUGUAUAGUUUUCAAUGUUGCGGCUAAGAUUCCAUCGCUUAACCAAGUCCUAAGACAUGUUUUAUACCCUGUAGCCUUGCACCUGGGUCGAUCGGGCGGUACUGCCCCUGGUGCAGGUAGGUGUUAAGUAUCUCACUUAAGGGCACUUCAACAGGUCCAACCACACUGGGGGAAUGAAUCACUCCCCGAGUGGGAAAAGACUCAAUGACCCAGUAGGUCAUCCUCAUCGGAAAUGUAUACUAAUUCUUUUGAUAUUGUACCAGACUGUUUCCUGAGACUCACGGGAAGCACAUUCUUUUGUUGUUGCAACCGACCGCCCCUCAGACUCGCAAGAAAAUUUUGCUCUCCUCAGAUCUCUUUUGAUGGAAAAAAAAAAAAUAAUGAGGAUACUUCAAAGGCGGGCUCGGUUUGCCGACAUUGAUCACAUCCUAUUGGGACCACGAUACACACUGCGGGCUCAGCUUUGCUUCAGCUACGGGCCUCCUCUCACAGCCUACGUUCAGUUCUCAUUCCCAGGACUGCUUGUUGUCUUUCCGUCUCCUCAUUAAGGGCAGGACAGCUCCUGAGAGUUAUGUCUAUCCACGGGUCCAGAGAAAAUGCGUCCUCAGAUAGAAACCAGCCUCCUAUUUUGCAAGAGCAUUGCUGGAGAAUGGAUGCAGCAGGACUUUGAGAGGAAAUAUUAAACUUAUUUGUCGUAACUGAUCAAGACUUCUUGGUUUUGGACACUUUGACUGACUUUUUUUUGUCUUGUGUCACCCAUUUAGGCCAUCCUUGUUCGGUUCAUUUGGUGAUAUUGAUAGGAUCUGAGUGGAGUCGACAUGAAUAAAAGCCACUUAUUUUGGAACGA